AACAGACCUUGACAACGAACCAUUCUUUCUUAUCGAGUUCGCCAUGUGUAAACUAAAAAAGAUCACUUUUCACUCAGUUUGAAAAGAAAAGUAAAGUUCAGUUCUAAAUACUAGUAGCUUGCUCUUUGAUUCCUGGACUACAACAGCAUUUUCACAGGUAGAAAAAUCUGUUGGCUUACGUGCCUAACCUUGAAUCAAAUGGUAAAAACCGUAUACCGUUAGUUCGUUGCUGCCAACAAUGUCCAGCCUCGUCCAGCCUCAACGUAUAAUAAGGUAUCUGUUUUGGCAUUGUAAAGCAUAAGGUCAAGUUUCAACAGGAUAUAACAUUUGGUCAACUGCCAAAAUAAUCUCGAAAAAGAAAAAAAACAAAACAAAGAGCUUUUUCUCGUUUAAGACAUUCAGACCCUUUACUCUAUCGAAAACUUUACGAGCCACCGUCACGUAUACCAUUUUCUCGCUGUCUAGACUUUUAAUGAACUUGAUUCUAAACCAUACAAAUUUAUCCUCUUGUUGAAAAGAAAAAAUACAAUCGCCGGGUAACGAUGCUUGUAUGAAUAAAUGACGCAGAAAUGAAAUCAACCCUACAGUUAAAAAAAGGCGCCAAAUCAAACAAUUUAAAAAGGGGGAAUGAAUGAUCCGAAUAAUAACUCGGGUGAGUUCUUUUCUAUCGCAGGAAGUACAUAAACGGACUAUUCUCUAAGGCUAUAGACUGAGAGGUCAUCCUUCUUUAGAGUUAUUCUGUUACUUCCAUUCUUUAGAGUAAAAGUUUGUUUAGUUGCGCGUUUGUACCGUAGAGAGCCAAAAUUCCACCGUAAAAAUGUUCUGAUCCCGUCGAGUCCUUCGGGGGUUUUUCAGAACGGAACUUUUUUCGGGACGUAAAGAAUUCAGUAGAUAUACAGUACCUUGGCGGACUUAACCGUUCACGCUCCAUUCAGGGUCGUACCUUGGUGUGUAGUAUAUAAAAGCCCUCCUCCUCGGCUUUCGAGGAAGCUGUUGUCAUCCAGAAAGCAACGAGAACGGCUCGUAGGGUUGAGAGCACCAUUUGACCGGUUGGAUGGAUCGACCAACAUCAAAAGACCACUAAUUCAACGAGACUUUUUAUUAUCAAGCUAUAUAGAAAGAGAGAGGGAGCCGCAUGUUUUAUUUCUCCGUGCUGCGACGUCAUAGAAGAAAGGAAAAGAAAUUGAUCCCGUCUAGCGCUAGACACAUACCGCAAUCAUGGGCUCCAUUGUUCAAUCCUUUAUUGGCGAAUGCAGCCGAGUCUGGGACUUGAGAGACAGGCGGACGGACGGAUGGUUCCUGGCCGAGUCUCCGCUCACGCCCGUGCUCUUUUGCGUCAUCUACCUGCUCUUCGUGAAAAUCUGGGGCCCAAAACUGAUGGCCAAUCGCUCGCCGUUCCAGUUAAAGGGCGUCCUGAUCGUCUACAACUCGUUUCAAAUUGUUUUCAACGGCUGGAUGUUCUACCGCAUUUGCCGGCUGACGUGGUUCAACGGCUACAGUUUCGUCUGCCAGCCGGUGGACUACUCGGCCAGCGAGGACGGACUCCAGGAAGUCCUGAUGGGCUACUGCUUCUACGUGUCGAAGCUCAUCGAUUUCCUCGACACGGUGUUCUUCAUCCUGCGCAAAAAGAACAAUCAAAUCACUUUCCUCCACGUUUUCCAUCAUUUCGUCAUGGUGCUGGCCUGCUUCGCCGGCUUCCGGUUCAUGACGGGCGGCCAGAGUGCUUUCACGCCGACUUUCAACACUUUUGUGCACUGCGUCAUGUAUUUCUACUAUCUGAUGGCCGCCAUGGGCCCUCGCUACCAGAAAUAUCUCUGGUGGAAGAGACAUCUGACCGCUUUGCAGAUGAUUCAAUUCCUCUGCGUCGGACUGCACGGCACGAUGCCCUUCUUCGCCGACUGCGGCUUCCCCAAAAUCUACUGCUGGUACUGCGUCUUCCAGUCCAUCAUGUUCUUCCAGCUCUUCAACAAUUUCCGCUCGAAAACCUACCGGCUGCAAGAUAUUAACGUCAACAACAACAAAAUGAACUAAAAACUAAAAGACAAAUCUGCAUUUGUAUUUUAGUUUGUAACUGUAAAUUUCGAAAUGACCGCUCAAUCUAAAUGAAUUGUUUUUUGGAAAUAAAAAAGUGUUUUAUGUUUCAAUCGAUAAAUGCUUUAGAGAU